CCCCCCCCCUGUCGCCGUCAUGGGCGAGCCCUUCUCAGGAGCAUGAUCAAUGGGUCAAGGUUAAGACGGGUACUCUGUACUCUGUAGUCUCAGAACUAUGAUUUGGAUCCUUUACUCCGUACGCAAACAAGGAAUACUCCAGAACACAUACUAACUAGCUAAAAGAAACCCGGCGUUUCAAGAUUAGCGAAGAGAAUCCUCCGCCUAUUUAUGCAGCAUUUUCGACCGGGGUUCUCAUACUUAACCACCUCCUAGUAUUGUUAUUAUUCCUAUUACAGCUUCUGUGACGGCAAGACAUAAUAAUUUCAUGCGAGGAUAGAUACCGAUACAAGCCACUGAUUCAUAGACUAGGGUCAGCCAUCAAUAAAUACACAAGUGUGGCAACCAAUGAUUGCCCGAUUCCCGAGAAUAAUUCUAACUCCACCCCUUAAGUUAUUGUUAGAUUUCUCCCAGACCAAAUCUCGAGCCAGCCUUGUCACUCGCUGGCUCUCCAGGUUGUGAUUCCAUCCUGGUGUGCUGCUCUAAGGAUGGAUACUUCUUAUAUAGACACAGUGAAGACACAUCUGCAGCGUCGAAAUGAGCUUUUUGAUGCCAAAAUCGAGUCUGGAGAGUUCCAACCUUUGGUGUUUCCCCGGGACUUUGCAUCAGUAUUCAUCGUUAUCUUCGCCCUUGUGAUCAAGUGGCCUCGCGACGGGCCUGUCAAAUAUAUAAGACAUCUACUUUAUUUUUACACUCUUUACUUGAACAUAUAUGUCAUCGUACACUGCAGGUCGCUUCUCGUUUUGGGUGGUUAUGGCGUUGGAUUGGUCUUCUCAUGGCUUAGCAUAUGGAGCGCCUCCUUGCUCAUAUUCAAUGACGUGCAAGGAACUUAUAAGCGGAUUGAACGGUCCUUUGUACCUUUCAGUACCUCGAAGGAGAAUUUGCUGCAGGGACGGGGUGGCAAGGCUGGUCGCACUUCAGCCAUAUUGAAGAAUUCCUCAAGUGAAUAUGACUCUACAAAUGGGGAUGCGAACGGCAAGGCUACCUGCUCCGAUCCAAAGAUAGUUCCGCGGUUCAAAUGGCAGGGCUUUCCAGAGAAGCUGGGCCACCGAUUCACCUGGGCCUUUGAUCUUCUCUUCAGCCAUAGGGGGCCGCAUUGGAACUGGAGACCGAAGGACUUCCCGCCUCUCCCAAAACAAGUCCAACUCCAGCUGUCUCGGGGUGAGAAUGCCGACCUGGAUGUGGAUAUGCUUUGGGAAGAGGAAAAUACCAGAGGCGUGCUGGUGGGUAGCAUCUAUAAGUCGGUGCUCUAUUUCUUCUGUCUCGAUUUACUGAAAGUCAUCUCAACUGGAGACCGACACUUCCUGGGCCACAUUAUCUAUCCGCCCCCGCCAUUCCUUGCUAUCUGUGGGCCUCUCGCACCUACAAUAGCAUAUAUGUAUCGCCUUGCUAUGAGCGGAGCAGCUGUGUAUUGCGCAGUAUUAUUCCCAACCACGAUAUCGGCUACUGUUUUCCUAGCCAUAUCUCAGACACCGCUUGGAUUUAAGACCAGGAUCCCAUUUGAAGCCUCCUUUCUCUAUCCACCUUAUUUUGGAGAUGUACUUAUUCCAAUCUUGGAUGAAGGUCUGGUAGGAUUCUGGGGAAAGUUUUGGCAUAAACAGUUCAGAGCUGGAUUUCUAGCCCCAGGUAACUGGAUCAAAUCCAAGCUGAUAUCCAGAAAUCCGGGGAGAAAAUGGCCGCAGUCGAUUUUCUGGGGCCUCCAAGUUAUUAUCUCGUUUACAUUGAGCGGCAUCCUGCAUUUCUCGGGGAGCUAUACGCAGAACUCCUCCACGAACCCCUUCAAUCAGUUUCUAUUUUUCGCACUUCAAAUCGUUGGUAUAUUUUUCCAAAUAUCGAUUGAAAAACUCUCUGGACGAUUGAUACCUUUCAGAAUCCCUGUGUGGCUGAAACGCCUGUCGAAAUGUGUCUUUGUCCUGGUCUGGCUGGCUUGUGUUGGGCCUUUGCUUUGUGAUGAUUUUACAAUUGGCGGCGUUUGGAUGGAGGAGCCGGUACCAUAUAGUCCCAUUAGAGCUAUGGGGUUUGCAAAGGGUACAGGUGGCGCAGUGCGUUGGCAAGCUGAACCACUGCGAUGGUGGAAGGGAACAAGGUGGUGGGAGUGUGGUAUCGUUUUAUAG